AAUACUCCGACGGACAAGAACUAACUGCUUUCAAAUAAACAAGGAUUUUUUUCGUAUUUCAAGUUGUUUAUCGAGAUUCCAAUGUGAUUUUCUGACGGAAUCUGGGUCUAGAGAAGACCUCGCUAUGAAUUUAUUGUUGGCGUUUUAUGGAUUUUGUUUGAUACUGCUCGUGAACGAUAAAGUCCACGGGAAUCAGCAAGGACGUCAUGGGGCCAACAAGAAGCAUAGUAAACAUCAAAAGAAACGGGUUGGUUUAAAAGAAAAUGAUUUCAAGAAGACGCAUUUGAGUUCAAAGGAUAAAAAGGCAGACAUUACUAAACGACAGUUUAUGUUCAGACCUUAUGGGCCUCCCAAUUACCCAAUCCUAAAACCUCCACCGAUACGCCAUUUUGUAGUUCAUCACCACGCAAUUCCAGUGGCUUGUGAUCCUAACCCGUGCCAGAACGCGGGAACUUGUACUGUAGUUGUCAAGGGUUACGAGUGCACGUGCCCGGCUGGGUUCAUGGGCUCACAUUGUGAAGUUCGAAGUCAAUGUGAACCAAAUCCAUGUAAGAAUGGUGGAUCGUGCUACGAUGUGGGGACUGGAUACGAAUGCACGUGUUCCAUUGGUUUCAAAGGCAGCACUUGUGAAGACAAGAACAAGUGUCAUCCUAAUCCUUGUCGCAAUGGAGGGAUAUGUACGGGUACCAAUGACCUUGAUGGAUUUGAAUGUACUUGCAGGGAGGGAUACAAGGGGAAGAGUUGUGAAGCUGUAAACCAGUGUAGUCCUAAUCCCUGCAAGAACGGAGCGUUGUGUAUCGAGAAGGGGGCUAAGUACGAAUGCACGUGUCCUCUAGGAUACAAGGGAGUAACUUGUGAAGAACGCAGUAAUUGUUUCUCUGCGCCAUGUCUCAACGGUGGAACUUGCAUUGAAGAACCUGGCGGAUAUAAAUGCAACUGUAAAUAUCAUUACAGCGGCAUAAAUUGCCAAGAUCACGUUUGCCACCCUUCUCCAUGUCAGAAUUCCGGGACGUGUCUCGAGGAACGUGGAUCUUUCAGAUGUGUUUGUGGCAUAGGAUACCAUGGAAAUAACUGCGAAUACGAGACACCCUGUAUUUCACAUCCUUGUCUCAAUGGUGGCACUUGCAUUGACACAACUGCUGUGCACUAUCAUCACCUUGAUGCCAGCAUGGUAUCCCCAUCAUCUAUGUACACUAAUGGAUAUUAUUGCAAAUGUUCCUCGGGGUAUUCAGGGACACAUUGUGAAGAUGACUCCUGCAGUCACUGUCAUUUCUUCGCGGAUUGUUUUGGAACCAGAUGUCGUUGCAGAGCUGGUUACCAUGGAGACGGGAAGCGCUGUCACAAAAAUGUUUGUCAUCCUAAUCCAUGCAAGAAUUCUGGAAAAUGUGUUGAGGCGGGUGAAAGCUUUGAUUGCGACUGUCCUUCUGGUUACACUGGACCUCUCUGUCAGGUUCGUCAAUUUUGUCUUCCAAAUCCGUGCAAGAAUGAAGGUGUGUGCGUCCCGUCAACUCAAGCAUACUCGUGUUCCUGCAAGCGAGGAUUCAAAGGCGACGAUUGCUCAGAAGGUGACGUUUGCAAUCCCAACCCUUGUCGAAAUGGCGGGACUUGUCGGGAGGAAAACAAUGCCGCUGUUUGCGCAUGCGCUAUGCAGUUUGAAGGAAAGGUUUGUGAAGUUGACAGAUGUGCCAAAUGUCCUGAGAAUGCUCAUUGUGAACAAGGUCGUUGCGUUUGUAAUGACGGUUACCUCGAGACUGCUGAGAAACGAUGCGAAAUUGAACGAGGAGGAGCCCAAGAUCCAUGUACUCCUAACAGAUGUAAAAACGGCGGUGUUUGUCGCCAACCAGGACGAUGUGAGUGUCCCGAAGGUUAUGACGGGAGAUUUUGUGAACAAGAGGACACUCAGUCAAUUGGUGCAGCGGAUCCUUGUAGUCCUAACCCUUGCAAGAACAAUGGUGUUUGUUCCGUAACGGCAAACAAACCGAACUGUCAAUGUCCACAGGGAUUCUCUGGCGAUUAUUGUCAAGUUCAAGCCCAGGCUCCCAAGUCUCAGUGCCACCCUAACCCGUGUCAAAAUGCUGGGACAUGUCGUGAGAACGGGCCUGGAUACGAUUGCAUCUGCACCACAGGAUUCAAAGGACCUCAUUGUGAAAUUGACGAAUGUGAAAAAUGUGAUCCGCAUGCAAUAUGUGUCAGCGGUCACUGCAAGUGCAGGACGGGUUACAUAGGAAAUGGAUACGAAUGUUUAAAAGACUCGGACAGUGGUUGUGACAGCUGUAGUUCCCAGGCCACGUGUAAGAAAGGGACGUGUGUUUGUCUUUUCCCGCUUAUCGGAGAUGGACAGACCUGCUCAAUGCCCCCACCUCCUCCACCACCGCCUCCCCCUCCCCCACCGACUUCAUUCUGUACGUAUUCAACGUGCCCGCCUCCCAGUCAAUGUUAUGGUAAUAUUUGUAUGUCUAAAAGUUAGCUUAUUCUUGACCAACCGCACUCCGCGAAUUCUUCGUGCGAAUGAUUUUGAGAGUUAAAACCACACAGUCAUGAGACAAAGAAAACCUGUUUUAACCUGUUGUGAGAUGUAACUUUGGCUGCCAUAAAAUUGGUCACGUAGCUCUUUCAAAAUUCUUAUAAAUUUGGCUCAAGCGUGUAUUUCUAAGGUAUUUACUAUCGAGAAGGUGUCUGAAAUACGCUCAUAAUCUUUGAACAACGUAUUUCACAUAUAACCAGUUAGGGAGCAACGUGGCAGCGUCUUCAAAACAACUUAGCAUCAUUGGCAUCAAAUGUGUGUUACAACGUCUGCCUAAAAUUGACAAACACUUCUCGAGGUUUUGACCUUCUUCAAAAGAGUUAAUCUGAGAGUUAGGCCCUUCGGUCGAAACGUCCAGAAGUGUUUUCUCAAUUUUAGGCAGUUGUCAUACCACAUUCGAUGCGAACGCAAGGUAAAUGUACGAAGCGUAUAGAUUUACCAUAUAUGACAAUACAACUCUCAUCUCAAUCGUGCCUUAUGCGAUCGUAAUUCGAUCACAAGCUUGGUUAAAGCCAGUAUUCUAUCUUUCUAGAAAAUGUCUGUCGUCCCAAUCUGGGUAAGGAUUCUGGGAAAUUU